GCCAGCUCUAGGCUGAGGCAGGAGGGGUCCCUGAAGUGGCACCCAGUCGGGGAACAGCAGGGGGCUCUGGGAGGAGGCGGGGCUGCAACUAGAGGGGGGCGCUCCGCAGGGUCCUAGGGGCGAGCUGGAGAGCUCUUCUGGGUCCUAGGGAGCUGGGCUCUGGGAGCUCCUCAGGGAAGACUGAGACACGGGCGGCUCCAAGAAGAGGAGGCAGCGGGCUGCAGCAGACCGGAGGCCGGGUUCAGGGCGCCCCCCAGGGCCAGCCCGGGCAGUUCGCCGGGCGGCAGGAGCCUCGGCCUCCACCUGUGAGAUGGUGUGCUUGCUGCCCGGCGCCGCGCAGGGAGAGCACAAACGAGGAGAGUUUGCAAACCGGGAAGCUCGGGCGGCCGCGGGGGCCGGGGCGGAGCCGGAGGCGGAGCCCGGCCUGCAGCCCCGCGAAGCCCUGAGUCGCAGUGGCCCCGGCGGCCGGGGAGGCGGCGGCGGCGGCAGCGCGGUGGCGACAUGGCCAUUGUCUCAGAGGAUGACUUUCAUCGCAGUUCAAACUCCACAUACAGAACUGCAAGCAGCUCUCUCCGAGCUGAUCAGGAAGCGCUGCUUGAGAAGGUGCUGGGCCACCCACCCCCUAGCCUGCAGAGGCCCAAGGACCGCUUCAAUGGUGCCUACAUCAUCUUCUUCAGCCUGGGCAUUGGCGGCCUCCUGCCAUGGAACUUCUUUGUCACUGCCAAGGAGUACUGGAUAUUCAAACUCCAAAACUGCUCCAGCCCAGCCCCAGAGGGGGACCCUGAGAGCUCAGACAUCCUGGGUUCCAGUUCAUGUCCGCGUGCUGGCCUCGCUGACUGUCAUGCUGACUGUCUUCGUGGUAAUGACCGUGCUGGUGAAGGUGGACACCUCCUCCUGGACCCACGGCUUCUUUGCUGUCACCAUUGUGUGUAUGGCGAUCCUCAGCAGCACCUCCACCAUCUUCAACAGCAGUGUCUUUGGCAUGACUGGCUCCUUCCCUAUGAGGAAUUCCCAGGCGCUGAUAUCAGGGUGUCCUGUGCUCUCUGCAGGAGGGGCCAUGGGGGGCACCAUCAGUGCCGUGGCUUCGCUGGUGGACCUGGCAGCAGCCAGCGAUGUGACAGACAGCACCCUGGUCUUCUUCCUGACGGCAGACGUCUUCCUUGGGCUCUGCAUUGGGUUCUACCUGCUACUGCCGCGACUGGAGUACGCCAGGUACUACAUGAGGCCUGUUUGCCCAGCCCACGUGUUUUCUGGUGAAGAGCAGCCACCCCAGGACUCUCCCAAUGCCCGUCUGGUGGCUCCUAGUCACUCCCCAGUACCACCCCUCUGCCCCAUCCUGAAGAAGACAGCCAGCCUGGGCUUUUGCAUCAUCUACCUUUUCUUCAUCACCAGCCUCAUCUUCCCCGCCAUCUCCACCAACAUUGAGUCCCUCAGCAAGGAUUCGGGCUCUCUGUGGACCACCAAGUUCUUUGUCCCCCUCACCACCUUUCUCCUGUACAACUUUGCUGACCUGUGUGGCCGGCAGAUCACAGCCUGGAUCCAGGUGCCAGGGCCCAGAAGUAAGGUUCUCCUUGGGCUUGUGCUCCUCCGGACCUGCCUCGUCCCUCUCUUCGUGUUCUGCAACUACCAUCCCCGCAUCCACCUGCGAACAGUGGUCUUCCAGUCCGACAUCUACCCAGUGCUCUUUAUCUCCCUGCUGGGACUCAGCAACGGCUACCUCAGCACGCUGGCUCUCAUCUAUGGGCCCAAGAUUGUGCCCAGGGAGCUGGCCGAGGCCACAGGGGUGGUGAUGUCCUUUUACGUGUGCAUGGGCUUGGUACUCGGCUCAGCCGGCUCUGCCCUGCUCAUGCACCUCAUUUAGAAGGGGCGGUGGCAAGAAUGUCAGUGCCAUGCUGUGCAUGCUAGGCCUCGUGCUGUGCAAUGUUGAGAUGUGGAAGAAGUGCCAGGAGGGCUCAGGCAGCCUGCAGGAAGGGCUGGAGCUGGGCCUAGUGCAGAGAGCAGAGCCCCCCAUCCCCGGACCUCAUCCCAGACAUUCCAGACACCUUAACAGACACUCUCGAGGCUGAAAAAGGGGAAAGACAUCUGAGUAAGAUGCAGUUAUAAUAGUUACACAGUUACAAAGUGGGGUGAGCUUUCCAAGGGGGUGGGGGCAUUUCGCCUUUCUUGGUAACCUCUUUGGAGCUGUGCUGCCAGUGUUAACUCUGAAUUGUUACAGUGCCAGUGCCAAGACCCAGCCACCUGCCUUUUGCCUUCUCCCAGGCUUUCUUCUUCCAGCUGACUGCAAGAUGUGAGAAUUCUCAGCCCUCCCUACCUGAAGGGAGUCCCUCUGGAGUGGAAUCUUCUUGGAAUGGCCAGUCCUCAGCCUCCAGCCCAAAGCCUGGGCAGACCCCUGCUUUCUGUGGGUGAAAGAGCACCCACAAACCAGACUGGGAACCCCAGAAAGACAAGUCCUCUGGAAACCCUCAUUCCCCAAACUUGGACUCUAGAAGACUUCCUGGUACCUAGGGACUGAGUAUGUCAGGCCUGGGUUUUCAAAUGGGGAUCAUUUAAGUGGUCUAUGGCCUACGUCAGGGUGGGGUCUUUACGUGUCCAUGCUUACAACAUGUUAAAGCCAUUGGUUCAAGGGUAUAAUAAAUCCUUGGGCAUUUAAUGAAGGCCUUAUUGGUGGCUGUCUUAGUCAGGGUCUUGACAGGAAACAGCAUACUCAAAUUAGGUAAAUUGAGGAUAUUUGAAGAGUGGAUAUGGGAGCCCUAAGGGGUUGUACAUUAUAUUGCAGAAAUAGUAAGGCCAUUCUAUUCCAGGCCUAAAGGGGCAGGGGUACAUCCAGGCCACUGUGACGCACAAGAGGUAUAUUCAUUCCCUCUGAACUCCUCUGGUUCCUGUAGACUGAGCUACAGCCAAGGAGCAGGUAGAGAGGACGGAGGGUGAAUGGGACGGGCAGAAGGUGUCUAGACAGGGGCCUCUGGCCCUUCCCUUUCAUAGAUUUAUUCAAUAUGAACAUCAGGAGAACUUGAAGCUUUGGACGGCAGAAUGAGGUGUUGCUCUGUCCUGGUUUGCUCUGGGUAUUGUAUGUAUUUUGAAGCUGUUGUUUCGAAAGACGACCCUUGGGUUCUCUGGCCCCCACACAAUUGUGAUCGUGGGACAUGAGUAGUAAUUUAUAUUUUUUCAGGUUCCUUGAAGACUUCUGCAGGGCUAUUCCCUGGGGAAGCAGACUGGCUUGGGAAUCAAGAGAGAAGGGGACUAGAUCAGACCAGGAGUAGUUUCUCAAGAGGCGAGCACAAAGGUCAGAGCAUGUCCCGAAGAAGUGGCCACCCCAGGAGCCGUGAAUCAGCCUGCUCCUUCUCUGAGGAGCACUGGCUCCCUGGCGUCCUGCAGGCAGCUGACUAAACUGGAGGCAGGCAGUAAUCCACCCAGCGGCCACAGCUUAUGUGCCCCAUGUCUCAAGCCAGUACACACUCCCUCUCUUUAGCCAGAGAAUUGAAAAGGAUACACUUGAAAGGUUUUCUGAAACUUGAUAACUAAAAAAAAAAUUUAAUUUUAAAAAUAAAUUUUUUCCCCUAUCCCCUCCCCAUGUAGAAGGCUGAAAUCUAUCCCUUGGUGUUUUUCACUGCCUUUAAUGCUGGUGAUCAUUUGGGGCAUCAGUCUGGCUGGUGACUCAUCACAACCUCAGGUAUUUUCAAAUUGGCAGCAUGUCUGGUUUAAGGUAAAACAGCAGCUCUGAGCUUGGAGAUGCGGACCACCCUGGAGCUAAUGGAGAAGCAGUAGUGGGGGUCUCACAAGCUCCAUUGAAGGGGGCUAGCUUUCAGAAGAAGAAUAGGCUCCCUGUUAGUGAAAUGACUGCUUUGAAAUUGAUGUGAAGGGGGAAGAGGGUGGCCGGCCG